UAAAAAAUUGCUCUAAUCUUCCUAACAAACCUCCUUCAACUUCGGACUUCGUCAAAAACCAAACGUUCUCUCCCAUAAAAAACAGGGAUUUCAACACGUAGCACACAAAUGUUUAUCUAAAUCUUUUGGCCACAAUGUCUUGACUCAUUUUUAUUGGCUCACAAUGCUUUUCCUAGUGUUAUAUGUGUCUACACUAUAUAUUAAUCUUUGAAAUUCAGAGGUUUUCUAGGAUACAGUUUGUUAAGGUUUUUAUGUGGUUUCUUUCUACUUUUUUUUUCCCUUGUUUUUUUUUAUAUAAGAACGAAGAUUUGAUCUUUAGGAUAUUUUUAAAGAUUUGUACAUUUGGGGUCUAUAUAUUUUGGACACCAAAACCCCCCUUAAAAGUUAUAACCAUUUAUCCUUUAUUUUCUUGUUCUUGAAAGAAACCUCAUAGAUUGGCCAUUGUAUCCAAGAAUUGAUCAACAAAUGGGAAAAUUUGCGGAGGAGGAGGUUAGGCAUAUGAAAGAGGUAGCUCAUGAAGCUCAGGCAAUGGAUUUACUAUGCAAUUUCAAGAAAAGGGUUCAUGAACUAGAAGCUGAAGUAGCAAAUAGACGAUUAACGGAGUCCAAAAUAUUCGAUUCGUUGGCCUCACAGACAAGGGAAUUUGAGCUAACUAAGAUUGAACUUGAAGAAUCCAAAGUUGAGAUAUCUUUACUACAUGAAGAGAUUGAAUCACUACUGGCUUCAUCUGAGCAAAAUCGCUGGCGUUGUGAUGGUUCUUGUAGUGGAAAGAUUGCUUUAGAGAAGGAACUUGGAUGCCUCAGGUUUGAACUUGGAUUAGCGAAGGCGAAUUUAGCUAUGAUCCAAGAAAGAGAGAGGUUUGCUUCAUCAAAAGCUAAGGCAUUGAGCGAUGAGAUAAAUUUGGUUAGAAAUGAACUUCAAUUUGCAACUUAUGCAGAAGAAAAAAGCCAAAAGGCCUUGGAUGAUUUAGCGUUAGCGUUGAAAGAGAUUGCUGCUGAAGCUUAUGAGGCCAAGGAGAAACUCAGUGCUUCUCAAUUAGAACUCGAACAAGUUAAAGAUGAGGCAGGACAAUUGAAACAAAUGGUUAGAAACGCGGAGGCUAGAUAUCAAAAGCUUUUGAAUGAGGCGAAAAAGGAAAGUGAACUACAUAGAGAAACAGCAGCUGAGCGUAUAAAGAAAGCUGAAGAAGAAAAGAAGCUAGCUCAGGAUGAGGCUGCUACACUCGCGGAGUCUCUUAAAGCAGCUGAGCGUAUCACUAGAGCAGCUAAGAGAGAAGUUUACAAAUUAAAGGGCAUAUUGAAGCAGGCUAUAAAUGAAGCAGACGCUGCAAAAACUGCAGCUGACCUAGCUAGAGAUGAGAACAUUCAACUCAAGGAUUCUAAAGCUGAAAAGGAGGAAUCAGUUCGUGUACUUACUCAAGAGAAUGAACGACUUGGGAUUAAUGAAGUUGCAGCUCAAGAAAAAGUCAAGAAGUUAAAAAGGUUGCUCUCUUCAUCAGCACUCAAAACCGAGGAUAGGGAGCAAGAAGUGGAGCAUUAUGAGGAUCUCCAUAUCAAGAACACUUCCAGCAGUGUAAAUCUGCAACAAGAACAAGAAAAUUUAGAAGCCAAAAUCCAAGAUGAGAAUCUCGAAAUGGCCAAGGCACUUGAGGACACAAUAUUUGAAAUAAAUGAAUCACCAAAAUCAGAGCUCCAUAUAUCAAAACAAGUAUCUCAUCAUCGGAGAGCAUCCUCGUUUGCCUUCUCAGAUGAUACAGGAACACUAGAAACAAAAGACUUGAGCAUGUCUUUGAGCAAAUCUUCGUCAUCACUCAAUACCAAGGAUAAGGAGCAAGAAGAGGAACUCCAAGUUACGAAAAAGCUCAAGUUGCAACAAGAACAAGAAGAUUUGAAAGAGAAAAUCCAAGAUAAGGAUCCUGAAAAGGCUGAAACACUUGAGAGGUCAAUAAUUGAAUCACCAAAACCCGAGGCAGAUCCCCAUACACCAGAAAAGGUUCCUCAUCACCGGAUAGAUUCCUCUUCUUCCUCCUCAGAUGAUGGAGGAUCACCAAAAACUGAAGAUUCUGUCAGUGAUAGAAGUCCUAUCAGGAGGAAAAGAACAUUGUUUCGAAAAGUUGGUGAUCUCAUAAGGAGGAAAAGUUUUCAUAAAACCAUCCACUGAAUAGGCCUUUGUUCUGUAUAUACAUAUUGAAUAUGCUUCAUUUUUCUUUAUCAGAAAAAACUGUACAAACAUGAGUUUAAGUUCUUCCCAUUAAUAGUGUAAGUUGCUCGGACUCUCUAAAAACGUUGUCACACUCGUGUCAAAUCCUCCAAAAAUACACCAUCUUUGAAGGAUUUGACGCGCAUAUGAUGACAGUUUGAAGAGUCCGAGUAACAUAUAUCAGGUUAAGUAAGGCUAACAUAGUUGCCUAAAAAAUAAAUUACUGUAAUAACUUGCUGUACAUAAUCAGAUUACAUUGAUAGCGUAAAGAAUUUAUAAUAUCAGUAUGUAUGAGUUAAAAGUUUAAA